GUCUUAGAGAUCUGAGAGAAGACUGAGAAUAAGAAAGUUUUACAUUUGAAAAUGAUCUAGACGGUGUGCUAACAUUUUCCAUUUGGACUUUAUUUGUAGGUAUCGCUGGUUUAUACUCUGCCAUACUUCUGGCUCAAUCAGGUCAUACAGUAACAAUUUACGAAGCAAGUAAUCGAGCAGGUGGUCGUAUUCUGACAUAUCGCGAUCCACAAAAUCCAACGGUAUACAUGAGUGAAUUGGGUGCAAUGCGUUUUCCACUCGAUGCUCAUCCCUAUUUGAAUUCGUUGAUUCGAGAAAGAUACAAACUGAAUGUCACCGAAUUUCAAAUGUCCAAUGAUAAUGCCUACAUAUAUAUCAAUGGAAUUUUAGCUACAGUCAAACAAGCACGUGAAAAUCCAGACAUGUUCGGAUUUAAUACGAGUCAAAGUGAGAAAGGAAAGACUCCUGACCAAUUGUGGAAUGAUGCUGUUCAACCUAUGAUCAACACAUUCUCACAACAAGGCUGGUCAUCAGUCAGAAAUCAAUGGGAUUCGUAUUCGAUCGAUUCCUAUUUGAAUAAAAUCAACAUGUCACGUCCAGCUAUCGACUACACGAGUCUUUUUGGCAAUUUUGAAACGCAUCUUUAUAUAUCUAUUUUGUUUGCUAUUCGUGAUCAACUCGUCAUUAGUGAUCAAACAAAAUUUUAUAGUAUUCAAGGUGGCAGUGAUUUGUUAGUACAAUCGAUGGCUACUGAAUGUCAAGCAAUUGAAUCAAAUCGAUGUUCCAUUGUUUACUCAACUCCAAUAGCUGAAGUACAAUUGUUUGAGUCGGAUCUGGUUCGUUUGACAACAAAGAAUGGUACGAGUAAAGUGUUUGAUUCUGUGAUUGUGGCAACAACGGCAACUGCUGCUCAAUUGAUCGAUUUCAAUCCACGAGCCGAAUUUUCCGAUAAAUAUCGAGUCAUGAGACAGUUACACUAUGACUGUGCUACAAAAGUUGUUCUUUUUUUCAAUGUAUCCUGGUGGUACACACAGGAGAACAUCAGUGGAGGUCGCUCAAUUACCGAUUUGUCUGUUCGUUUCAUUUAUUACCCGACUACUAGCAGUGAUCAGACUGGCAGUGGGGCUAUUAUUGCCUCGUAUACUUGGUCAAAAGAUUCAAUCGUAUGGCAAUCUCUGUCCGAUUCAGAUGCUAUCGAGCUUGCUUUAAAACAAUUGAUUAAAAUUCAUCCUUCUUCGGCGAACAUGCGUGAUUAUUUUCAAGGUGGUAAAGUCAAACAUUGGUGUAAUGAUCCUUAUGCAAUUGGUGCCUGCUCUCUGUUCAUUCCAUUUCAAGAGACUGAACUUCUUGACAAAUUACAAGCAUCAAUAUCGAAUGUUCAUUUCAUCGGUGAACACACAAGUUUAGUUCAUGCAUGGGUUGAAGGCGCUGUCGUAUCGGCAUUACGACCGGCCUUGCUCAUUUCGGCACAAGCCGAAACAACAUUCGAUGUUAUUAUCGUGGGUGGCGGUCCAAUCGGCCUGAUAACAGCCGUCUUCUUAUCAUUAAAGGAACCGGCGCUUCACAUUGUCAUUGUUGAUCAAGGAACGGUGAUGAAUUCAGAUGGUAGGUCAAGCAUAUUUGAUCAACGACAAUAUAGACAAAUGUACGAUGAAGAGUAUCUUGUCGAGUUGGCCAAUGUGUCAUUUCCUCUUUGGCGUCAAUUAGAACAAAUGGCCAAUAUGUCACUUGGAUCCAUUCUGAAUACGGACGAUGGCUACUUAUUUCUUAGUGAUUUCGAUGCAAGUCAAUCUUCGAUCGAAGAUGAUUUACAAUCGAUCAAGCGAAUAUGUGAACAACGUCAAAUGGGAUGCGAAUAUUUGAAUAGUACACAAUUACAAACACGCUAUCCAACAUUCACGUUCUCUCGCCAACACCAUGGCAUCUUUCACAAUCAAUCGGGCUACAUCAAUGUAAGCACGCUCAUGUUGGCUCUCGUUCGCAUCAUUGCUCAAAAUCCAAACAUUAUCAUUCGUGAGCAAGAACAAUUUUUGUCGUUCAAACUGGAUAAUCAAACACAGAUCGUCACUGAUCGUGGUGUAUUGCGUGCUUCUCGAAAAGUUCUCUUUGUCCCUGGACCUUAUGCCAAACAGGUAUCUCGCUUACUCAAUGUUGAUCUCAAUAUUACAUUAUGGGAACUUCCAGUCUACUAUUUUCGUCUACUUCCAAAUGCCAGUCGCUUCCCUACCUGGUUUUCAAGGAGUGGAAGCGAUCUACAAUCACUCUUCUCCGGUUUUCCUAUCGCUUCUUCGUCCGAUUACAUCGCUGUCUUACCGGGUUUCAUUCCUAAUUUAUUCAAUACAUUGAUUUAUCCAUCCCAACGGGCAAAUAUGGUCGAUCCUUUUAUCACUCAAAAAGUGAUCGAGUGGGUUUCACAGCAUAUGGCGAUGUAA